GCUUGCUGCCUCACUCUCUCCCAUCUGAAGCAGUAGUCCAAUCUCUCUCCAUCUUUAUAGUAUAUACCUUUUCAUGGCGGUCAACGACUCGAUAUUCCAACACACUCCGUGAAUACCGAAUUACUGAAUCCAGAUAGCUGUGGAGAGCGGCUUUCGAUCUGUUUAGGCGGGUUCACGAGCUGUAUUUUAGGGGCAUGGGGAAGACGGGAGGUAAUCAGAGGACAUACUCGACGAAUCCCGGUGACUACAAGCUUCUGGAAGAGGUAGGGUACGGUGCGACCGCCACGGUCUACAGAGCAAUCUAUCUUCCUCUCAAUGAAGUCGUGGCUGUCAAGUGCUUGGAUCUCGAUCGCUGCAAUAGCAAUCUGGAUGAUAUACGUAGGGAGGCUCAAACGAUGAGUUUGAUAGAUCAUCAAAAUGUUGUUAGGGCAUAUUGUUCAUUUGUUGUUGAACAGAACCUUUGGGUGGUCAUGCCAUUCAUGGCAGAAGGUUCUUGUUUGCACCUCAUGAAGAUAGCUUAUCCAGAUGGGUUUGAAGAAGCUGCCAUUGGUUCUAUACUGAAGGAAACUUUGAAGGCUUUGGAGUACCUACAUCGACAAGGACAUAUUCAUAGGGAUGUGAAGGCUGGAAACAUAUUACUUGAUGACAAUGGGGUGGUAAAGCUUGCUGACUUUGGUGUUUCAGCUUGCAUGUUUGAUACCGGUGAUAGACGGCGUUCGCGAAAUACUUUUGUAGGGACUCCAUGCUGGAUGGCACCAGAGGUAUUGCAGCCAGGAAGUGGAUAUAACUCCAAGGCUGAUAUUUGGUCAUUUGGGAUAACGGCACUUGAGUUGGCUCAUGGUCAUGCACCAUUUUCAAAAUAUCCUCCAAUGAAGGUUCUCCUGAUGACCAUACAGAAUGCCCCUCCUGGACUUGAUUAUGAUCGUGAUAAACGGUUCUCUAAGUCGUUUAAAGAAAUGGUUGCAAUGUGUCUCGUGAAAGAUCAGACAAAGAGACCGACGGCAGAUAAAUUAUUGAAACACUCCUUCUUCAAGAAUGUGAAGCCUCCAGAACUUUCUGUGAAGAAAUUAUUUGCUGACCUGCCACCCCUCUGGAAUCGUGUAAAAGCACUCCAGCUUAAAGAUGCAGCACAACUAGCUCUAAAGAAAAUGCCUUCAGCUGAACAAGAGGCAAUAUCACAGAGUGAGUACCAACGAGGAGUUAGUGCUUGGAACUUUGAUAUUGAGGAUUUAAAAGCGCAAGCAUCACUGGUGCAAGAUGACGAUGAUAUGCCAGAGAUGAGCGAAGAAGAUGAAGGCGUAAAGUCUUUGGUUGGUGAGAAGUAUUCACCUGAUUGCCAAUCCAGUUUGGCGAAAUUGAAUUUAAACAACAAAUUAGUACAACCUGAGUGUGGGGAACAAACUAGUGGUGAAGAAUUACCACAGGUUGACUGCUUGAAUAGAAAGGGAAAGAAUCGGGAAAGUGAUUUACUGGAAUCUGGAUGCCAAGAGAAAAUUGGUUGGAAGGAAGAUGUUUCAAGCCCUGAGGCAUCAUCAUCUAUGACAGAAAAGGAAAUGUUACAGGCCAAGACUAAAGCUCAAAUGUUGAAAAUUCGUCAUACUCAGAGUGGCCCACUCAUGCCUGGUGCUGUGCUUGGUCAUUCAUUAUCAGAGAGGGGACAAAGCUCUGAAAGGAAUGAGAAUGGAAUUCAACAAUGUACUGAAAAAGCUUACCGUGAAGUACGGCGGGCACCAAACUUUAGUGGUCCUUUGAUGCUUCCAAACCGAGCUUCGGCAAACAGUUUAUCAGCUCCAAUAAAGCCUACUGGAGGGUUUAGAGAAUCUUUAGAUGACAAGUCAAAGGCUAAUCUGGUGCAAAUUAAAGGACGAUUUUCAGUAACAUCAGAGAAUUUAGAUCUUGUAAAGGAUAUUCCAUUAAGUACAGUUCCACGUCGGUCCUCUCAGGGAUCUCCACUUAGAAAGUCGGCUAGUGUUGGUGAAUGGAUUUUUGAAUCCAAACAGAUGCCUGUUAAUCAGUCGCCAAAGGACUUUAGCAACAGCAAUUUACCUGCAUCACUUCUCAUGCCGCACCUUCAGAAUCUAUUUCAGCAGACUGCAAUUCAACAGGAGCUUAUUAUGAACUUGUUGAAUAGUUUGCAACCACCUGAGGUAGCGGAUGCUUCUCAAAAUGGAAAAUUGCCCCCACUGCCUCGCGGUUCAGAGAAUAAUGUAAUUAUUGAACUAGCGGCUUCUGAGAGGGAGCGUUUACUACUUAUCAAGAUCUCAGAGCUUCAAGCUAGGAUGAUCAAUUUGAAUGAUGAGCUGACAGCUGAAAAGUUGAAAUAUACCCAAUUGCAAUGGCAGCUAAAUGCUGCGUCCGGUCUGGAAGAAAAUGGGGACAAGAGGGAAGGGGGUGCCUGAAACUCAGAUAUUGUGGUCGGUGUAAAUUAAAUAAUCAUGUACAUCCUGGCAAGAGAUCUGAGAUGCACAUCAUAUGCAGAAAGUGUUUUCCUACAAAUUCUUUAUCUGUGCCAAAUCGGGACUGUUUUGGCUGUCGACAGCGAUAGAUAUGAGCCGAAGUGUGGCAAUGCAUGUGUCUGGGUCACUUUCGCCAAUGUGCUUAAUAAGUUUCUUUAGAGAUCUCGGCCACCAAAGAUGAUGAGCAACAGCUCAAUUCGUUCAGUCAGUUGCUCUCAUACAAAGAUAAAUGAGCUCCUCCCGCAAUGCCAUGUUAAUUGUAGCUUGCGAAAUUGGCAGCUGAUUCUUUUUCUUGUUCAUUUGUGCCCUUAUAGUUAUGGGUGUUAAUUUAUAAUUGACAGUUUUUGUGGUUAUAAUGCUCAAUUAUAAUAA